CACACAUCCAAAUUUAAUCUGCAAUAUACAUAACAUACAGCUCCUUGUUUUACAUUUAUUCAAAAACAAUCCACACAGACACCUGUGUGAUUCACCGUCCACUUUGAUAGCGUACUUCAGAUACUUGAUCACCCCAUGGGGCCUUGUUUUAAUCAGAUUAGCAGAUUAGGAUUGUUUAUGCACUUACUUUAUAACCCAGAUUGAGAGAGAGGAGAGGGAUUCUUCAGAAGGAUUUCAGGGGUGUAGGACUGCACCCUUUAAGCAGCCAGAAUGCCAGUUAUCAACGUGGAUGACCUGACGGACAAGGACAAGGCUUUGAUGGAAUUAAACCAGAAAAAACUUGAAGUGAAACUUGAGAGGUGGUUGACAUCGAAAUGCUGUGAGGAAAUCAAGGAUUAUAUUCAGGCUCGAGAGGAUGAGGACACCCUCGUCAAAGGCAUUUCAGAAGAGAAGAACCCCUUCAAGGAGAAAGGUGGAUGUGUCAUCUGCUAGACUCAACCUGAGGGGCGCUUCAUAUCUCAGAUUAGCACCCAAGGACAUUCUCCCUCCCCACAUGAAAUGGGUUUGCAGACUAGGGGACAUAGUAAUAAAGAAAAAAAUAUUAAAAACUUCACAAGUAUCUAUGUAAACGAUUCUCCAUCUUCUGGAGAGAUUUGUAGCCUUGUGUAUUUUUCUUUGAAAAGAAUUGUAAAUAAGAGUUGUAUUUGGCAAGGAUUAUAUGCUUCUUACUCAUGCGGUGUAUAUGGUCUGAGCAAAUGGGCCCAUCUUCUAUUUCACACACAGAAGCAACUGUCAUUAAAUGUGCUUGAUUAUAACUCA